GCGCAGUAGCAGCCCCUGUGUCUGUACCUAAAGGACGCUUCUCGCACCUUUAUUACUGCUAUUCGCACGAGCCCUGUUAGUGCUCAGUAUCCUGUGCACACGCUUUGCAAACGACAGAGCCAUGAGUCUGACAUCCAAUUCCGGCGUACGAGUUGAAUGGAUCGCAGCAGUGACCAUCGCUGCUGGGACGGCUGCAAUUGGCUAUCUAGCUUACAAGAGAUUUUAUGUCAAAGACCAUCGCCACAAAGCCAUGGUAAAUCUUCACAUCCAGAAAGACAACCCCAAGGUGGUACACGCUUUCGACAUGGAGGACUUGGGAGAUAAAGCUGUGUACUGCCGUUGCUGGAGAUCCAAAAAGUUCCCGUUCUGUGAUGGAGCUCACACGAAGCACAAUGAAGAGACCGGGGACAACGUGGGACCUCUGAUCAUCAAGAAAAAAGAGACUUAAUGGCCAAUUCUGAGGCUGCAAGCUAACCUGUCAUAAUGUUACCCGGUUAUUUAAUUAGAAUGAAUACCACUUAUGUCAAAUUCACAGUCCCUGGGUUCUAAAUGUGGUACACAUUGUAAACUACAGCUUUUACAGUCACGGCAUUUGCCUUACUUGUUGAAACAUCGGUGGUGCACAUUUGUUUAAUCAGAAAAGGAAAAAAAACAAUCUCUUGGCCUGUGGGUUAUUUCAGUCUUUUAAGGAUCUGUUUCUUUGAACUCCAAAUAAUGAUGAUAACUGAAUGUAGUUGUAUGUUGAAGUUAACAUUAAAUUAUUCUCAAAAUCAUGUA